GUGCCUCCAGCAGUGCACCCUCUAGUGGGAAUCUUUCACGACACAACUUCGGAUUCUGCCUGUCGCCAAGCACGCGUACAUCGGCACCCUGUUCAUGAACUCAAAGGGCGGAUGCCAAAUCUGGUUAACUCACCUAGCAGCCACCCACGGCGUCGAUGUCGCAGAUCUGAAGGAUAAAAUCACAUGGGAAGAGUUGACACGGCUAUGGAAGAAGCGGUUCAUCGUCGAUGACGCACCAGCACUAGCCAUCAAUCGUCUCUUCACCAUGUCUCAGGGCAACACAGCAACACGUGACUGGCUCACGGAAUGGCAGAAGAUCGCGACAGUGCCCGAUCGAGACUUACCAUUCACGCAUUUACGCCGUGAGUUCUACAACAGGUCAUGCGCUGCGCUGAGCCAGACACUUGGUGAUCGCGAGCAGUAUGCAACUUUCGCCGAGAUAAUUGACAAGGCAAGAGAGAUCAUCAAGACCAACAGGUCGGCUGCACACGAAAAGUCAACGUGGCAGCCAACCUAUGUGGAGAAGGUGAGAACUGGACGUGAGGCGACUCCACCUCUCACUCCGCCAGAUUCGGCCGCCUUGCUAGCGGCCUCCUACACAUCUGGGGAGGAUGCGCAUGUCGCAAGUCCUCGGUACACUUACAAGGAUUAUGCUGUCCACUUGGUCUCACCGCUGGACCAACCGCUCCACGUGCAACACUCUACCGCAUGCACGGUUUCAUCACCAUCGACAACCGAUUCGGCAGCUUCGCCGUCAUCUACCGCCGGGGAUUCAACGUCAUGGUCAAGACUUGAAGAGCUCGACCCGUUGACUUUUGAGGACUUCCAAUGGAUGCCCCUGCCCCGGUCCGGUCGAUUGCCGAAACCGCAUUGCAACGUGCUCAAAGCACAAUUGCGGGAUUACUUGCACACUGCAGUACCGACUCCGUUGAUGGACGCCGGAGUAGAGGUUGUCGACCUCCACGCCUACAUUGCGAAGAUCGACCGCGAGUUCAAGAUGCAACGGAACGACGACAUCGACGCACCAUUGCUAUAUGUACGCAUUCAGAUCGGAGAGGCGACCUGCAACGCUUUGAUCGAUUGUGGAGCAUCUCGCAACUACAUGAGUCAGGACUUCAUGGUACGCCCUGACUUUGGCCCACGAGUCCGAAGGAAGUCCCAACCCACGCAAGUCACGUUGGCGGACGGUCACACGUACAAGUCAAUCGACCGGUGCAUUGAUGACGUCCCAGUGUACUUUGCCCCUCACGGAAGUGAGGCGGUGUCCUUUGACAUUCUGGACACCAAAUUCGACAUGAUCUUGGGCAUGUCAUGGCUGCGAAGCGAGGACCACCCGGUGAACUUCUACUGCCGCAUCGUUCACGUUUGUGAUCGGAACGGAGUACUAGUCCCAUGCACGGUAGCUCCUCCUCACCCUUCAGUCAAAUGUCAUGUGGUAUCCGCCAUGCGAGCUUCCAUCAUCAGAGACGACAUCAAGGAGAUGGGGGUGUGUUUUCUCCAUGCCCUCCCGUCCCAUGACGCUUCAUCGAUGGACUCUCCUUCGGAUCCACGCAUCACCGAGCUUCUCGACGCCUACAGCAACGUGUUCGAAGGCCCGCACGAAGUAGUACCGAAUCGGCCUAUCCGCCAUGAGAUCAUCCUCGAGAACGGGGCCGUACCUCCACGCGGUUGCAUCUACCGAAUGAGCGAGGAAGAGUUAAGUGUGCUUCGGGCACAACUCGACGACCUUCUGGAGAAAGGAUGGAUUCGGCCUAGCUCAUCGCCAUACGGUGCUCCUGUUCUCUUCGUCCGGAAGAAGAACAAGGAUUUGCGGUUGUGCAUCGAUUAUCGCAAGCUCAACGCGCAGACGAUCAGAAACGUCAGCCCUCUCCCACGCAUCGACGAUCUUCUCGAGCGACUGGGCGGCGCCAAGUUCUUCUUCAAGCUCGAUCUCAAGUCGGGAUAUCACGAACUCGAGAUCCGGCAGGAGGAUCGCUACAAGACUGCGUUUAAGACGCGAUAUGGGCAUUUCGAAUGACUGGUUAUGCCAUUUGGCCUUACGAAUGCCCCGACCAC